AUACCCCACUGUCUACAGUCGCUGAGAGAAGCACAGUACUUGCAUCGUUCUUGUGUUCCCGGUUAGUGUUGGGUUUUCGCUCUGUGACAGCCCUUUAUCAAACAGGAAUGGCCUCCGUCAAAGAAACGGGGAGUUUCUUCACUCACGGUGAUUCGAAACAAUAUGAGUUUGUCCUAUCAUUGUAUCCGCAAGCCUUAAAACUUAAAGCUAAGGAGAAGAAACUCAAGAAGCCCGAAGACCUGCUGAAACUAGACGCAUGGUACCAAGAAGAAUUACCCAAGAAAAUUCGAGCUCGGGGUAAAGACGCACAUCUGACGCACGACGAACUGGUUCAGUGCAUGAAAUGGAAGUUAUCGAGAGGUAAAUGGAGACCACGGCUGCAGGAUUUUGUCCAACAGAAUACGCCCCAAGCAGUCGAGGCCGAAAGCCGCCAAGCGUUCAAACAAAUGAUUCUAAAAGGCGAAAAUGGCAUCGAAUCCGCUAUUCUUAGUUUGGCGAAAUUGAGAGGUGUUGGGCCGGCUACGGCUUCAGCUAUUUUGGCAGCUGCUGCACCUGAAAUAGCCCCUUUCAUGGCCGACGAAUGUCUGAUGGCAAUCCCUGAUAUCGAGGGCCUUGAUUACACUGCAAAAGAAUACCUUAAAUAUGUCCAGCACAUCCGAACUGUGGUGGACAGACUUAAUGCCGAAAACCAAAACAGUGCAUGGAGCCCUCAUAGAGUGGAACUGGCCCUUUGGUCCCAUUACGUUACCCGCAAGCUAGAACCUUCCCUGUUGGAUGGUAUUCCUGGCCUAGAAGAGGAGAGCAAAGAAAACGGCAAGGAUAAAACGACCGACAUUGCCAACGGAUCCCCUACAGUCGCAGAUGGCAAAGACAGUGAAGAUUCAUCUUCCGGACCACUUGCACUGGCUGUUACAGAAGACUCUUCUGAGGCAACAAACGAUUCCAUAUCGGUGGUUAUAAAUUCCGAAGAGACGAGUCGAGAGCCUACGACGAAUGGCAACGGCAAUGAUACCACAAAUGAUAACACCAACGAUCACGACAACAACACUAAUGACCAUGAUUCCUCGUUAGUCGUACCAACGAAUGGUGACAGUGUUGUUGGAGAUGACAAUGCCGUCGAUGGAGGAACAGACAACACUGCCGUCGUUGGCGGAGGGGAUGACAAUGCUACAGUCGAUCAAGAAGAAUUGGAACCUUCUGCGAAAAAGAUCCGACUCCAAGAACCCGAGGAGGGAACUGCAUAAUCUCUCUAUAACCCCCACAUCUGUCUUUUCUUUCCUUUCACUUUCUAUAUCUGUUCCCUCUUUUUUUUUUCUUUUAUACAGUUAUGAUUCUUUUUUUUUUUUUUCUUCAUUUCUUUUAGAAAAUCAAAUUGAAAUUUUUUGAGUAAUUCUCUCCUUUGUUGGCCAACUUACGAAUGGAGAGACGAUGAUGACUCUUCUGUAUUGCCAGUCAGUCACAGACUAAAAAGGACUUGUACUUGGUUUCAGUGCCUCAGCGGCGCAGGUAGGCCGAUGUCAAAAUAUCCUCCCAAACCCCCUCUAUUCUGUAGGAGAAAAAAAAAAAGAAUAUUGUUCUAUACCACAACUUUCAGCUAGCAAAUAACGGAUCAGGGUUGUAUUACCCUUUGCUUGCCAGCUUCGAUACACCCCACAUUCUUCCCUCUAUCUCUGAAAUAAUUUUCCUAUUUCAUCGUCCUUUAGUUCCGGCAGAACGCAAGAUGCUGCAUCAUCAUUUUUACUAGUGUCUUUAUUUGGAAAUUGAAACAAAGAAACAACCGAAAUUGGUCGUAAAUAACAACGCCCAAAAAAAAACUAAAUUACAAUAUCGUCAUAUUGGAAAUUUGCGCGUAGCUUCAGAUUCUUCUCUUUUCAGCUUGAAAGUUUGGAACGGAAAGAGGGAGGGGGGAAUCUCAAUACAUUUGCGGGUUGGUGGUUCUAUAUUAACAUUCCAGUUACCUGAAUCAAUAACUGUUAAAGAAAGAUAAAUCGAAGCGGUCACGAUACACACAGCGGAUGGACUGAAAGAAGUGCAAGCCAGCUAUUAUCUUGUCAAUGUAAUAACUUUUCUUCUUCAACACCUACCCACUUCUAUAUCAGCGAACCUAUUUUAUUAUCUUGUGACUUUCUUUUUCCGACACGCUCCUUCCUUGCUCCCGCGUCAACUAUUCACAAUUUCCCUCCCUUAAAAGUCCUAAACUUAUUUUGGUGAAUUCGAAUCGGAUUGAAAUGGACAAUGGAAAGAAAGGCUAUUAAUUGUUUUCCUCUAUGCUGAAAGUGUUUCUAUUGCAAUGAAAUAGUGUUGUCUAAAAAAAAAAAAAAACAAGAGACUUGUUGUAUGUGCAAGCCUAUCGUGUGUAUUGCUGCAAUUGUUCGUCACUUGGAACAUGCAACGGACUGACUUGACAACUUCACUUUUCCACCUGAAUUUGGGUUCCACACUUACUUUUUUAUUACCUUCGUUUUUAUGCCGAAAACUUAUUCCUCUUAUUUUUUUUUCCUCCGUCAAUUUCAGCUGUUUUCUUUCGGAUUUCUUUUCGAAUCUGUAGUGUCAAACUAUUUAGUAUCCAUGCCUGCUCGAUUGAUCUGCUGUGUAAUGUGUCAGAUCUUCGAAGAAGUACACGGCUGAACGUGUCUUUAUUUAAACGAAAAA